AUGAAGGACCUGCAGCACCUCCUGCUCCCCGUCCUGCUGGUGAUGUGCCCAGUGCCUCAAGCCAGUGAGUGGAGCAGCCUGGAGGCCGGGAGAGGGCUGGGGAAGGAGGAUUCCCAACAGCGCAUCCCGUGCGCUCCCAUCGCCUUAUCCUUGGCUCCAUCCAUUGCAGGUUCUGCCUGGAACCAGAGGGACAGAGGCCACGAGGCCAGGACCCACCCCACACCCUACAUGGCCUAUGUGCAAGGAAGGAACCAGCAGUUCUGCGGAGGCUUCCUGGUGGCCCCAGGCUGGGUGAUGACGGCGGCUCAGUGCUUGGCCCACAAGCCUCUGACUGUCAUCCUGGGAGCCCACACGGUCCAGAAGAGAGAGGAAAGCUGGCAGAGGUUCGAGGUGCAGCAGUACCAUUGUCACCCAGGCUUCACGAGCCCCAAGAAGGGAAACGACAUCCUCUUGCUGAAGCUAAAGGGCAAUGCCACCACCAACAACCACGUCAGGACCAUCUCCUUUGAGAAGGCCAAAGUCUCUGGGGGCAUCCCGUGCAGCAUCACGGGCUGGGGCCACAUGACCCCCGCGGCCACCCUGCGCCAAACCCCCGUCGCCAUCAUCAAGCAAAGGAACUGUCUGAGCCUGGCCCCUGGGCUGGCCGAGAACCUCAUCUGCGGCCUCAGCGCAUCCUCUGAGGGGCCUGAGAAGGGUGAUGCUGGGGACCCGCUGGUCUGCAACAACAAAGCCUACGGCAUCUUCUCCUACCGGCACCACAACUGGCCCGGGUUCUACACACACAUCGCUCCUUUCCUGCCCUGGGCCAACAGCAUCAUGAAGUCAUCAUGAACCUGCUCCUGGAACACCUCACACUCGGAGCCCCACGUCCUCCCGCUCUUCCUUCCCUCCUCCCCGGGAAGCACCUUCCACCGCUCCUCACGGACACGGCCGGAUUCCUCCCUGGCAAAGCCAAACCGCGGCACUGAGGAUGGUGCCCAUUCACUCCCACCACAUCCUGCCUCCCAUUUCCCCUUC